GGUCGAAUUCCAAGGGUCAAAUGAUGAUAAGCGUGACGAGGAAGGAAGCUGUACUGGUCGCUUAAACAAAGACUAAAACGUAAUAUCGUAUCAGAGACGCCCCAGUAAGUAUGGCGGAAGGUGGACCACGUCAUCAACCGUCGUCGAUAGAAAGAGAAAGACGCCAGUCCCUGGACUCCCAGCUACUGGAAUGUCCCAUCUGUCUGGAGCAGCUGAGACAUCCCAAGUCCCUGCCCUGUCUGCAUUUGUUCUGCCAGGAAUGCCUGGGAAGUUACAUCACAAAAGAAUUUUCAGGUAAGACGGUGUCAGCGUCUUUUUUCUCCUGUCCUGUUUGCCGGAAGGUCACUGAGCCUGUGAACCAAUCAGAAGCUAAGGAAACCUGGGCCGAACAGUUCCCAACCAAUCAUUUUGCUGUAGAAAUGAUCAAACUGUCGCAGAAGACAAGUGAGCCAACAGCAUGCAGACCUUGCGCAAAGAAAGGAAAAAUGAAUGUGCCAGUGAAAUUCUGGUGCGAACAGUACAAAACUUUCUUCUGUGCAGCUUGCAAAGUAGACCACCAUGACAUGUUUCAUGAAGAAUGCGAACCGAGGGACAUCGCGGACGUAAACAUGUCAGCCAAAAUGCGUCGAGAGGUCUCGCCUAACGAUUGUGGGAAACAUGAUGAGAAAAUAGAGUAUUACUGCGAGGACCACCAGCUCCUUGGAUGUAGCAAAUGCAUCAUCGUCGACCACAGGAAGUGUGAAGUGGUAAUGUCGAUAGAAGAGUCGCGGGACAAACUCAGAAACAGCUCCAAGAUUGAUGAUCUAAUGGACCUGCUUCAUAAAUGCACAGAAGCCAUGGAGACGCUGAUUAAAGAUAUUGGCGAACAACUUCAGUCCAUUUCCUAUGAUCAAGACACUGCACUGAAAAGUUUAACAGAUCUACGCCAAAACAUUGAUCGGAUGUUCGAUACGCUACAGAAAGAGCUGACGGAUAAACUGAUAACACACUUUAAGGACGAAAAGGCAAAUCUGGAAUUAUCGAGACAGCAAUGUGAACGGCUGAUGUUCGCUAUGCAGAACACAUUGACGUCAUCCGAAGAAGCAACAAUGACAGACAACACUGUAGGGACGAUUUGUCUGUUUCAGAGAGGGCGAGCUGAGGUCGCAUCCUGUAAGGGACUGAUACAGGAACUGGAGAAAUCGUCAGUAUCCACCACCCUGAGACAUGAGUAUGACACGCAAACCUUCGACACAAACACCGAUCUGACCAUGGGGAAGAUAGUUGUUGAUAAACAACAGAGAAAUCUGCCUACAACUACCUUGAGUGUGCCAUUGUCUGAAAGACAACUGAGGAUUAUGGGAAAGUUCAAUAUCAAACUUCCUUCUGAUAAAUCAGACAGCUUUUCCUGUGGGAUUGUAUACCUACAUGGUGGUUUCAUUGUCUUAGGGGACUGGGCGAACAAAAAUAUCAAGCAAUUUACAGAAAACGGAGACUUCCUAUGUAACAUCAGUAUGGAUGGGACGCCUGUAGAUCUAUGUCAAGUUGACGACAACACAGUAGCAGUGAUGCUGCGGGAGCACACCAUAUGUAUAGUCAGUGUGGAGGACUUAAAGUUGACCCUUACAUCAACAAUUAAGUUGCCAAUGACGACUAAAAGAUGCUAUGGUAUAACAUACCGGAAUAACAGGUUUGUCGUCGGCACAGAUACAUCACUUUAUAGCGUAUCAAGAAAAGAUGGGAUAACAUCACAACUUCACACAUUAAAAACAAUGUGCUUGCACCUCGCUAGCGAUCAUCAUAGUGGACACGUCUUUGCCAGUCUCCAUACCAAAAAUCCUAACGAAUCUGCCGUGACUAGACUUUCAGACGGCUCGAGCACGGACGUAAUGAAACCAGGGAUUUUGAAGCAUGCAACAGGAAUAGACGUGGACAGGGAAAACAACGUGUACGUUUGUGGCUUUGAUUCUCACAACGUCAUACAGAUGUCCGGGGACGGGACAAACGUCAGGGAACUACUGACGUCAUCAGAUGGAAUACAGCAGCCGAGGGCGAUUUCUGUAUGUGCUGACAGAGUAGUGAUCACAAACGGAUCGCUGGAUCAGAACACUGUACAUGUGUUCCAGCUUGUUUAAGUCAUACCAACAUACCCCUCUACAUGAAGUUGCGGUUUAGGUCGUACUGAAAUUGAAAGUACUUUUACACUUAGUGACAAAUAUAGAAAACACGUUGUGAAGAAAUUGUAAGUUGACUAGACAACAAUUCCAUGCCGCCAACACAUCAAAGAAAAUCGGAACGUGCACGUUAGGGGGUUACUCUUUAAAAGAACAACAGUAACCGGUCAGAAACAAAAACAACAGUAAGACAUUAUGAUAUACUAGUCUAUAAGCAAGGCGAAUGGGAAUUUGUGGAAGGGUUACUGUUUCUACCUGUUCCUGCCAUCGUGAUGGCACCUGUCAAGUCAAGAGUCGCUCUAACAAUAUAGGCUGCGUUAGAUGUUUACAUUUAAUAAUUGCAGACACCGAGACCUUCAGUUAAAACCAGCUUAUGGCGACGAUCGUACAGCUUCUCACAGUAGAUUGAUGGGCCCGGGUUCCUCCUCUACUGUGAGGGUAAGACAGAAAAAUCUUAAUCCAGGGGCCAAUCUUCGGGAUUGUUUCACCUGAGGGUCAUACAUUCAAGAAUGUAAUCCCAAAGGUUGAGUUUUAUCUGGCAUGACCUCACUUAAGUAGGUGAUCAGUUUCCGUCUGUCCUUUCAAUGUUAUGAUUGAAACCAAACAACCAACCAACACAAUGGGUAGACUUUUAGACGACCGGAUUGCAGGAACAAGAACGUAAAAGGACCAUCGGUUCCUAACAAAAUUGAUACCAACAACCAACUACGGUCUAGAUCACUGGGUGGUUUAGUGUAGUGUUUCACUAUAAGGGUUUUGUUUGCAUACCAAUCAUGGUCUACAUCACUGGGUGGUUAAGUGUCGUGUCUCACUAUAAGGGCUUGUAUGUAUACAAUGUAUGGUCUACAUCACUGGGUGGUUAAGUGUCGUGUCUCACUAUAACGGCUUGUAUGUAUACAAUGUAUGGUCUACAUCACUGGGUGGUUAAGUGGCGUGCCUCACUAUAAGGGCUUGUAUGUAUACAAUGUAUGGUCUAGAUCACUGGGUGGUUUAGUGUCCUGUGUCACGAUAAGGGCUUGUAUGUAUACAAUGUAUGGUCUACAUCACUGGGUGGUUAAGUGUCGUGUCUCACUAUAAGGGCUUGUAUGUAUACAAUGUAUGGUCUAGAUCACUGGAUGGUUUAGUGUCGUGCCUCACUAUAAGGGCUUGUAUGUAUACAAUGUAUGGUCUACAUCACUGGGUGGUUUAGUGUCGUGUGUCACGAUAAGGACUUGUCUACAUACAAGGCAUGGUCUACAUCACUGGAUGAUUUAGUGUCGUGUCUCACUAUAAGGACUUGUCUACAUACAAGGUAUGGUCUAGAUCACUGGGUGGUUUAGUGUCGUGUCUCACUAUAAAGGUUUGUCUGCAUAACAACUGCGGUCUACAUCACUCGUUGGUUAUUCUGUAGUCCAGAUACUGUUUACACUACCGGGUUGUAAGUGUACCAGAUGUUCAUGGCAUAACCAGUCGUGUUUUACUACAAGGGUCUGUCUGCGUAUUAGGUACAUUUUACACCACUAGGUGGUUUAGUGUUAGACUAUGGUUAGUGAUAUCCGGUGGAUGAGUUUUACCCUAUGGUCUACUGUAACCCAUUGUUUGAGUGUUACCUUGUGGUUGUUUUGUGUUAUCAUGUGAUUUAGUGUUACCUGUGGUUUAGUCUUACUCUGUGGUGGAGUGCCAUCCUGUGGUUUAACGUUACCUGUGGGUUAGUGUUACUCUGUAGUUUAGUGUAACCCUUUGGUUUAAUGUUACCCUGUGGUGGAGUGUUACCCCUUGAAUGAAUAUUAGCCUAUGGUUUAGUGUUACCCUGUGUUUUAUUGUUAUCAUGUGGUUCAAUGUUGUUACUCCGUGAUUUAGUGUAACCCCGUGGAAUAGUAUUACCCUGUCGUUAAGUGUUAUCGUGUGGUUUAGUGUAACCUCGUGUUUUUAAGUGUUACCCUGUUCUUUAGAAUUAGUUUGUAAUUCUAUGAUUAAAUGUUACCCUGUGGUGUUGUGGUACCCUUUGGUUUAGUGCUAUCAUGUUGUUAAAUGUUACUCUGGUUCAAUGUUUCCCUAUGGUUUAGUGUUACUUUGCACCAAUUAUUAGGUAUUGAUAGUUUUGUGACCAGUUGGAGCCUAAAUAUAGAUGGAGCUACAAUUGAGAUAUGCUUGAGUAUGCAAAUAGAAUGUCAAUUUAGCCAAACGCUUUAUCCCUGUAUUUCUUUCUCAUAUCCCUAUCUAGUUCUAUAUACAUGAUGUCACUAACCAUCCUAUAACCAGUUACGCCGUAGCCCGUUUUUACUUUGAUGUUAUAAGUGACUGGAAUAUAGUGUGUGUUUUUAAUAUUAGAAACGGCUGAUAUCCUUUGAUGCUAUGAGUUGAGCGACUGAGUAUAAGAUCAGUGAGUGGUUAAAUAAAAUAAGUAACAAAUAUACUUUGAUGUAAUAAAACAAGUGACUAGUAUACUUUCACAUCAUAAAAUAAGUGACUAACAUUCUUUGAUAUCAUACAAUAAGUGACUAGUAUACUUCGAUGUAAUAAGAUAAGUGACUUACAUACUUUGAUGAGAUAAAAUAGCUGACUGACAAACGUUGAUGUAAUAAAAUAAGUGACUUGUAUUCUUUCAUGUAAUAAAAUAAGUGGCUUGAGAUAAGUUGAUGUUUUAAAAAAAUGUACUUAUAUACUUUGAUGUAAUAAGAUAAGUGACUAAUAUACUUGACUGCUUUAAAAUAUUAACUGAACAUCUUGUUUAUACGGCACUUACCACCACACGGCUGGUUUAAUGGCUAACCUAUGUAUCAUGGUGGUGAAUCACAAUAAGCAGACCGUGUUUGUUUGUUUGUUUUCUAUUGUUUAACGACCACUCGACACUUUGAAUCAAUAAAAGCCAAACAACGAUGAAAAAAAUAAGCAUUGACAAAAAAAUGAAUACAUGUACAUAAAAACCAGAAAGAAAAGGU